UUUUUUUAAAUAGUCGUCAUACGUUUUUUUAUACAGAUCUCACAGUAAUGUGCACCUUUUAAUAAUAUAUUCUUGAUGUAAGUAUUGUUUCGUGCAAACUUAAUCAUGAAUCGUGGUGGAUCAUCAAAAGUCGCGCAACAUAACCUUUCUCCGAUGCCUCAAAGUGACCAGGAACGCGAUUUUCAACAACGCGAACCCACGCUUUACACCGUUAAGGGUAUGGCCAUCCUGGAUAACGAUGGCAACAGAAUAUUAGCUAAAUAUUAUGACAAAAAUGUGUUUCCCACGUCAAAGGAGCAAAAAACAUUUGAGAAAAAUCUUUUCAAUAAAACCCACAGGGCAAAUGCAGAAAUUAUUAUGUUGGAUGGUUUAACCUGUGUUUAUAGGAGUAAUGUAGAUUUAUUCUUCUAUGUUAUGGGAAGCUCCCAUGAAAAUGAGCUUAUUUUGAUGAGUGUCCUAAAUUGUUUAUAUGACUCAGUUAGUCAGAUCUUGAGAAAAAAUGUUGAAAAAAGAGCCGUUCUAGAUAGCUUGGACAUAGUUAUGUUAGCAAUGGAUGAAAUUUGUGAUGGAGGAAUUAUUCUUGAUGCUGAUGCCUCGAGUGUUGUUCAGAGGGUAGCAUUAAGGACUGAUGAUAUUCCACUUGGAGAGCAGACAGUUGCACAGGUUUUGCAAUCUGCAAAGGAACAACUGAAAUGGUCCUUGUUGAAAUAAAUUUCGUGCAUUAAAAUUGUACUGAAUAUACAUUAGUGAAAAAUUGAAAUUUAAGGAACGAUCGAUUCGCAAAUACGAAAGAAGAAUAAGCGUACGCAUGCGCCGCGUGCGUUCUCUAUAUACCCUUUUAUUUCAAGUGCUUAUACGAAACGUACAGUAUUGGAAACGAAUUAUGUACCUUGUUCUGUGAUAUUUAUUAAUGUAAUAUUUUAAGGGUGGUUGUGUAGAUUUACACAACAAAAUAAAGCCUACAACAAUGCGCUACAACGUAAGUUGACGUGAUACGAAGAAAAUACUUUGACAGACGAAAUGUACGCUUAAAAGAUAUUCAAAGUUCAUUAUAUUGCUGCAGUAUAACGAUCUAUUUACAUUCACUGUUCAUUCAAUAUUUUUUAAUUCUCUUUCAUGAUAUGUUUCAUUUAUACAUUACUUUUUAAAACUUUUUCGAAGCAUGACUUUUUAAAACUGAACGAACAGUAGGAACGUUACAAAUUAACUGAUUAUUUUACAGGAAGGAUCAGCAUUAUAUGUAUUACUAUUACUAGUUGUAUGCGUAGAAGUAUACACGACAAGCGCGAGACAUCUGAUUAAGAAAAGAAAUUAUAGUGAUCAAAGCGUAAGAGGUUAUUUGGCUGAGGUAAAUAAAUAGUAAACAGGUUAAAAA